UCUGAAUCUGAAUAUAAGAGAACCUCCUCUUUUUGCCUUCGUCGUAGCAAUAAAUCUGGAGAACUUUCAAAAUAUUUUCCUGAUGACAUGUUAGCUUCAAACAUCCGACAUCCUAAAGAAGUCACUGUCAGAGUGUACAAGGCUGAGAAUCUACGUGUCGCACCACGUUCUGAUCAUAAACAAAAAAAAGUUAGCCAGAAAUGGAAAUGCGUUGUUCUAGGUGGAAAAAAGAAAAUUAGUACAGAGUGUAUCUAUGCACCGGAUGGUAAUCCUGUUUGGAACUUUGAAACUACAUUUAAAAUUGCAAUUAGGGGUGAUCCAGUUGUCCUCUUAGUUUCCGAUUCUGAAGAUAAUCAUGUCGGUCAGGUAGUCGUACCCGGAGUUACAAUCCCGCCAAAACCGACAGAUCCUUCUGUUAGUCUUACGGAUAAUUCCCGAUUAUGCAUCAUGGAGAUGGAACAAACUAAAAAGACGGAGAUUGGCUUUGGAAGACUUUAUUUCUGGAUUUGGGUGGAAGAGUACCGUAGCGAGGAAUCUAAAAGUAGGAGCACCAUGGGGUCGAUCUUAAGCUUGUCGAGCUUACAUCUUCAUAAAGACAAAGGUUCAACACCAAACUCAUUAAAUUAUAGUGGAAGUGUUAUAAGUUUAUCGUCAAAUAAUGAUGAGCACAAGAAAAAGAAACGGUGGUAUAAGAAAGUAGCCAAUCAUGCAUUACAUGUGCCUGCUCCAAUUCGACAGUCACGUUCACCUUCGAACUCAGUGUUGAAUACAAAGCCGAUGAAUAAUGGUUACAAUCCGUUUGAUUAUUAUCAACAGAAUUUAAAUGAAGAAGAUGGAGUCAUUGAAGAAAAGGAUGGAAGUGUACUUGGAGCUUAUAGUGAAUUAACAGCUAAUUCAUUAUCAUCCUCAUCGGCAUUUGCUACAAAUCAAUUAAAACGCCGAAAUUCAAUGCAUCCAAGUAAAAGAAGUGGAUCAAUUGCUUCAAAUAUUGAUAUUAGUAUGAAAGAUCCAGAUGAACAUUUAAAAAAUAAACCGGAAUUAUUAAGAAUAGCACCAAAAUGUGGUCCAUCUUCAGGUGGUACUGAGUUAACAAUUUAUUGCCGUUUCCUCACGACUGAAAUAAUGAAGCGAUCUACCGUUUUUGUUGGUGACCAUCCAGUUUCUAAAGAUGAUUGGUUUUUGGAUGAGUCAAGUCAAUCUGAUCUAUCGCAGUUACGUAUCCAUAUGCCUUCGUUACAGCCUGGACGUUAUUCUAUUUAUAUUGAUAGUGUGGAAUUUGGACGCGUUCUUUGUAACCAGGAGUUUACCUACCUUCAUUCGGACGUAAAUUUAAUCCAAUCACCUAGAAGUAGCUUAGCUGUUUCAUCAAUGAAUGAACCAACUAACAAAGUUAUUAAUAUUACUCCAAAAACCAAUACAUCUGUUGAGGAGACUGACGGCAGUGUUAUAUUCAGUCGUGUGGGAUCUCAGAGAAGUAAUAUUAUAUUGGUUGAUCGGCGUAGUGGUCGUCGUGAACGUUCAAGACCUGAAGCAUUAGGCAAAUCAGAUUCAUUGAAUAGUUCUAUUUUAGGCGAUUCAUCUAAAAUGGGAGUGACAAAUCAUGAUAAAGUUGAUAUUAUGCAUAAAUACACCAACAGAACAAUCAAUACUCAUGUCAGUGAUUCAAGUAAAGAGUUAUCAAGCCAAGGUAAACCCUAUAAUAAUGUUGAUGAUGAUGUUAAUAAAAAUUUCUAUGAAACUGAUCAUAAGCCUGUUACUGUUGAAAUUUCCACAUAUAUUCUACCUAGUCCAAUACAUUUUAAUCGUGUUGGUUCACAACGUGGUGAAUUGAAGUUACAUGAUCGACGUAACAGUUAUAACAGUAAUCGUCAUCAUCCUCGGCGUACACCAGUGAAAACAACUAGUGAGGAAGAAGUGAAAGAAUUAGGCAGUUCAGUUGAUGUUCAAGAGUCAACUUCACUUUCAUCAGUUAUACUAGAUGAUAGGCGUGAUGAAACUGAAGAUUUUGUCAGUAAUCGUGUAGUAUUAUUGAACAAGUCAGAAAAUAAGAUGGAAAUAAGUGGGAAAAAUUCACCAAAUUUUCAAGAGGAAAUGUCAUCUUUCAAUCCAAUUUCAGAAUUUUCCAUUGAUAAUGAUACAGUUUCUUCCUCUACUUCUGAAAUAUCUUCUAAUGAACAAUUUAAUUCAUGUUUGUAUGAUUCAGUCAUAACGAACUCUAAUGUCCUAUCGAAUGCUUCUUUAUCUCGAAUACCGGAAGAGUCAGAAAAUAACACGAAACUCAGUGAUUCACGUGAAGCAACUGAUUUUCAAGUUGCUCAUAAUAAAGACGCUAUCCAGUUUGAAAAAUCGAUUGGAGAAAACCCCUAUCAAAAUUCGAUGGAUAUUGGACCUUCCACUGCAAAACAGAAUUUUCUGCCUACCGGUGAGUCAGAAUUAGUCAGUUCAUUAGGAACUCCACCGAAAAUUAAACAAUCAUAUAAACGAAGUAGUCAAUCUAAUUUACUGAAUCGAACAAUCAACAGUGCUAAAUUCAAUCAAAAUGUUAAUCUUAUACCAACACGUAGAGUUUCAUUAUCGAAUUCACAAAUUCGAUUUAAUGAAGAUACAGAUGCAACGGAUUGUGUAUCCACAUUGUCCGGUGAAACUUCUCAAACAAUGGAGUAUAACGAAUUUAAUAAAACUCAUCAUGGUUCUGAUCGAAGUGCUGCUUCUGGACGAUCUAAAAGUAUCAUGGGUGCUAGUGAGGAAGAAGGUCUAAAACUUGAAAAUGAAGCAUUACGUUCAUUAUUGAACGAUGCUAAUCAUCUCAUUAGUACUAUCAAAUCGCAUACAAUAACAUUGGAAACGGAAUUAAAUGCAAAAGUUAACGAUGUUGAUCGUUUAGCCGAAGAAUUAUGUCGUUUAAAAAAUCGUCUUCUUUUAGAUGGAUUAACUCAAUAUUUGGAAAAAGUAUAAUAGUAAAAACCGUCAUCAAACAUACACAUCAAGGAAUUGAUUAUUUUUUUUUCUAAAAACAAAAAUACAGAUAAACGAGUAUUGGACAGUCGAAUUAAAUAUUCAAGUCAGCUUGAUCAUUAUUAUUUAUUAUGAUGAUGAUGAUGAGGAGGAGGAGGAGGAUUACGAAUAUUAAAUCUUUCAACUGUUGUUAAUUGAUUAUUUCUGUAUUACGGCUUAUUCUCUUAUCUGUCUGUCUAGACUCUAUUAAUUAUUCUCAACUUUCGUAUUGUCUAUUUGUUGACAUGAUAUUGUUUGUUCUUUGUCUGUCUAACUCUUCCUCGGAAUCCCACCACCAACAACCUCUUUUUGUCCCAUUACUAUUAUUAUUAUUAUUAUUAUUAUUAUUGUCUGUAUAAAGGCAUUUAAUUUUUAUUACUACUAUUAUCCCCAUUACAUGGUAUCUAUUCCCUUUAGAUGGUCUGAUUCAAAUUGUUUUUGUGUAUGUGUAUGUAUGUUUCGAGGUAGAUAUAGAACCAGAUAGAAUUAACGCCCUUUUAUGUACUGUUUUUCCUAUAAAUCAAAAUAUAUUGAUCUCCUUUUCAUUCCUUAUUAUUUUUAUGAGCUCGUUUGAUUAAAAUCAAAGUGUUAGCACAAUUUUAGAACUAGUUUAAAUGGCUGGCAUAGAUACUAUAUGCAACAAUUGUCAGUUUUUAUAUACUUAUAUGAUGCCUAUCAUAUAUCUAUCGCCAUUAUUAUUUAUUUUUUUUUUGAAAAACAAAGACAAGCAAUAAUCUACAGAUCAGAUCUUCCAAUAUUCCUUUCAUUGUUUAUCAGUUUUUGUUUACUUUUCAAAUCAGAAAAGAAAACUCAACUGAUUCCAGAAGCCGAUAUCUUUUUAAAAAGAAAUAGAGAUGCUUAUAUCAGAAUAUUAAUCGAUUGACUUAUGAACUUUCUUUUUCAAUAUUACUCUAUAUUAGGCGACAACUAUGCAAAGCAUCAUAGAAACAGUAUCGUUUAUUAUUAUUUUUUCUCUAUUCUAAACAAACACUUAUGAACUUUUACACAGAUUUUGAUGUAUACACAUUCAGUUGUCAUAUAUUUGCUCAUUGUAAGUUUGAAAGACACUAAUUGAUCAUUUUUUUCCCUUUUUUUUAAUUGUUUUUUUUUUCUAUUUCGAGUUAAUCAUUUGAAUGAAAAUAAUAAAACAACUGAUAACCA